UACAGUCAUCUAUUCCAUCUAUACAAUCAUCUAUUCCAUCUAUACAAUCAUGUCUUCCAUCAAUACAAUCAUGUCUUCCAUCAAUACAAUCAUCUAUUCCAUCUAUACAAUCAUCUAUUCCAUCUAUACAAUCAUCUAUUCCAUCUAUACAGUCAUCUAUUCCAUCUAUACAGUCAUCUAUUCCAUCUAUACAAUCAUCUAUUCCAUCUAUACAAUCAUGUCUUCCAUCAAUACAAUCAUGUCUUCCAUCAAUACAAUCAUCUAUUCCAUCUAUACAAUCAUCUAUUCCAUCUAUACAAUAAUCUAUUCCAUCUAUACAAUCAUCUAUUCCAUCUAUACAAUCAUCUAUUCCAUCUAUACAAUCUCUAUCAUCUAUUCUAUCAUCUAUUCCAUCUAUACAAUCAUCUAUUCCAUCUAUACAAUCAUCUAUUCCAUCUAUACAAUCAUCUAUUCCAUCAAUACAAUCAUCUAUUCCAUCUAUACAAUCAUAUAUUCCAUCUAUACAAUCAUCUAUUCCAUCAAUACAAUCAUCUAUUCCAUCUAUUCUAUCAUCUAUUCCAUCUAUACAAUCAUCUAUUCCAUCUAUACAAUCAUCUAUUCCAUCUAUACAAUCAUCUAUUCCAUCUAUACAAUCAUCUAUUCCAUCUAUACAAUCAUCUAUUCCAUCAAUACAAUCAUCUAUUCCAUCUAUACAAUCAUCUAUUCCAUCUAUACAAUCAUCUAUUCCAUCAAUACAAUCAUCUAUUCCAUCUAUUCUAUCAUCUAUUCCAUCUAUACAAUCAUAUAUUCCAUCUAUACAAUCAUCUAUUCCAUCUAUACAAUCAUCUAUUCCAUCAAUACAAUCAUCUAUUCCAUCUAUACAAUCAUCUAUUCCAUCUAUACAAUCAUCUAUUCCAUCUAUUCUAUCAUCUAUUCCAUCUAUUCUAUCAUCUAUUCCAUCUAUACAAUCAUCUAUUCCAUCUAUACAAUCAUCUAUUCCAUCUAUACAAUCAUCUAUUCCAUCUAUACAAUCAUCUAUUCCAUCUAUACAAUCAUCUAUUCCAUCUAUACAAUCAUCUAUUCCAUCUAUACAAUCAUCUAUUCCAUCUAUACAAUCAUCUAUUCCAUCUAUACAGUCAUCAAUUAA